AGAAGUUUUGAAAAGUAGACAUGAAUAACUAUUUUGAAAAUUUUUUCCGGAACAAGGGAACUACACCAGAUUUGGAUGCUAGUACGGAUGAAAGUACAGGACAUUCAUUUUACCAGUUCAAGCUUGUUAUCCUGGGUGACACCUCUGUUGGUAAGAGCAGUUUGGUUGGGCGAUUUGUGAAGAAUACCUUUUUAGAGUUCCAGGAAUCAACUAUUGGUGCUGCAUUUAUGACGCAAAGCGUUAGUCUAGAUGAUUGCACGGUGAAGUUUGAGAUAUGGGACACAGCUGGUCAAGAGCGUUAUCGGACAUUGGCUCCUAUGUACUACCGUGGUUCUUCUGCUGCAGUAAUCGUGUAUGACAUAACUAUGCGGGAAUCUUUCCAGCAGGCUAAAGGAUGGAUUCAGGAGUUACAGGCACAUGUUGGCCCUAAUGUUGUAUUAGCCCUAGCUGGCAACAAGGUUGAUCUUGACUCCUCUCGUGAAGUAUCACGUGAGGUGGCUGAAGAGUUUGCCGGGGCCAAUAACUGUAUUUUCAUGGAAACUUCAGCAAAAAACGGUGACAUGGUACAGGAAUUAUUCACGGAGAUAGCAAAGGCCAUACCUAAAGGCAGGCGUAUAAAAGAGUUACACGAAGGCUUCAAGAUUGACAAUCAAUCACAUUUACCAAAGAUUAACUGCUGCUCUAAGUGAAUACUACAUUUU